AUGAGCAAGAGUGUGGCGAGUGAGGCGGCGGCCUGCAUGAGUGUGGAGGAUGUCGUGGCUGCCGUGAAUGGAAAUGUCAAGCAUGGUCUCUCGGCCAUCGAGGCGGGACAGCGCCUGCGCGAGCAUGGAGCAAACGAGUUUGCGACCUCCGAGCCGGAUCCCCUCUGGCAAAAGUAUCUCGAACAGUUCAAGGAGCCGCUCAUCCUGUUGCUCAUUGGCUCGGCCGUCGUCAGCCUGAUUAUGCAACAAUACGACGAUGCCUUCAGCAUCUUUCUCGCCAUCAUGAUUGUGGUAACCGUCGCUUUUGUCCAAGAGUACAAAUCGGAGCAAGCACUCGAAGCCCUGACAAAACUGGUGCCACAAAAAUGCUGGCUCAUUCGCGACAAUACCAAACAGGGCGCUCUUGCCGCAGACGUUGUGGUGGGCGAUCUGGUGACCUUUGGUGUCGGUGACCGUAUCCCAGCCGACUGCCGCCUCAUCGAGGCUGUCAACUUGGAGAUUGAUGAAUCCAACUUGACAGGCGAGAACAAGACGCGCAGCAAGCGCUGCCACCACCCAUCCACGCCCUUGCCUUCCCAGUCGAUCCUCCACCUUCUUCUCAUCCGCUUGAGGACCUUGGCAAUCCUUAGGGACAACAUGGCCUUUAUGGGCACGCUGGUGCGCCAGGGCCACGGCAAGGGCAUUGUGACUGCCACGGCCGGUGCCACAGAGUUUGGCAUCAUUUUUCAAAUGCUGGAUGAUGUUGAGGAGCGAAAAACACCGUUACAAGAGCAGAUGGGGGUUCUUGGUCAACAACUUAGCUUCCUGUCGUUCGGCAUCAUUGGCGUCAUCAUGAUCAUUGGCGUAUUGCAGGGAAAGCCGUUGGUCAAAAUGUUCACCAUCGCCGUCAGCUUGGCCGUGGCUGCCAUUCCCGAGGGUCUUCCCAUCGUGGUCACCGUCACCCUCGCCUUGGGCGUGAUGCGCAUGGCGAAACAAAACGCCAUUGUCAAAAAACUGCCGGCCGUCGAAGCCCUCGGUUCCGCCACCGUGGUGUGCUCGGACAAGACCGGUACCCUAACUGAAAACAAGAUGGUGGGCCGUUAUGCGCUCUCAAUCUUUGAUCAGCUACAAGCCGAGAUGACGGGCAGCGGCUACUUGAUCAACAGUGGCACCAUUCAAGUCGUGGACUCGAGCGGCUCGCCCGUUCCCAAUGGCCAGUCUAAUAGCAUGACACACUUGCUUCUGGCGGGCAUGGUCUGCAACAACGCUCAAGUCGACCGCGGGCACCUCAUUGGUCAACCUACCGAAGGUGCCUUGCUCGUGGCAGCUUACAAGGCCGGCCUUCAAUCUCGAGCGGCCAAUUUCGAGCGGUUGGAAGAGAUUCCAUUUUCCUCAGAUACCAAGUGGAUGGCUGUUCGUGGCGCUCUAGAUGUGCUUCUGACCAAGUGUCGACAUGUUUCCUCUGGCCAUCAAGUUCGGCACCUCUCAGAACUCGAUGUGCAAAUACUCAAUCAGCGUGCCGAUCAAUAUGCUGCGCAAGGCUUUCGCGUCAUUGCGCUUGCCUCUGGUGCCUCGCUCGAUGAGCUUGCCAUUUUGGGCAUUGUGGCCAUCGCUGAUCAAGCACGUGCGGGUGUCAGGGAGGCCGUGGCACUGCUCCAGCAAUCUCGCGUCAAGGUCAUGAUGAUCACUGGUGACAUGAAGGCGACAGCAGAGGCCAUUGCGCAGUCGCUUGGCUUUUACAAUCCAGGCCUUGAAGCCAUGGAUCAGCUCGAUCUUGAAGGCAUCAUUGAGGAUGUGCGCGUGUUCUAUCGCACCAGUCCAAAGCACAAGCUGAAGAUUGUACAGGCCUUGCAACACAAUGGCCACAUUGUUGCAAUGACUGGGGAUGGCGUCAACGACGCCCCUGCCUUGAAGCUGGCCGAGAUCGGUGUGGCCAUGGGUGAAACUGGCACAGAUGUGGCCAAGGAGGCAGCCGACAUGAUUUUGGUGGAUGACAAUUUUUCCACCAUCAUGCAUGCGAUUGAGGAGGGCAAGGGCAUUGCGUACAAUGUUCGCAACUUUUUGCGAUUUCAGCUUAGCACGUCUGUGGCGGCACUUACCCUCAUUUCCAUCACAACUAUGCUGGGAAUGCACUCACCACUGAAUGCCAUGCAAAUUCUGUGGAUCAACAUUCUCAUGGACGGUCCACCAGCGCAAAGUUUGGGUGUCGAGCCGGUGCAGCGCGACGUCAUGACCAUGCCACCCCGUCGUGCGCGAGAACCCAUGUUGACAGCCAAGCUUUUGCGCAAUGUGAUCAUGUCUGCGGCCAUUAUCGUGACUGGUGUCUUGUACGUGUACUUUCGGGAGCUACAGGAUGACGUCGUGACCAAGCGCGACACGACCAUGACCUUUACGUGUUUUGUUCUCUUUGACAUGUUCAACGCUCUUACCUGCCGCUCCACAAACAAGUCAAUUCGGGAGAUUGGGCUCUUUUCCAAUUCGGUAUUUCUGUACGCUGUUGGCGGCUCGUUGCUCGGCCAACUGGCCGUCAUCUAUCUUCCGCCACUGCAGGCCAUUUUCCAAACGGAGGCACUAGGCUUUGGUGAUAUGGUGUUUCUUGUGAUGCUUUGCUCCACCGUCUGGUUGGCGGACGAAGGACGCAAGUAUUGGGAGCAACAACGCGAGCGAAGGCGGCACAAGCGCAAGUCAAGCGAUGCGUCUGCGUGAUUUGAGUCCUGUCAUUUCUCUUUCAUCGAUUUUUUUUCUACUUGCUGCCAGCACGCCAUGCUUACGGAAGCUGUUUCCGUUUGGCCUUGUCAAUGACGUUCUGUUCGCCCACCUUCGUGGCUGAUGAUGGUUGUUGGCAAUGGUGAUGGGCCUGUGGUUGUGUGGUUGUGUAUGGACAUGUUGUGUUUGUGUGUGUGUGUGUGUGUGUGUGUGUGUGUGUGUGUGUGUGUGUGUGUCUUUAAUUUGUGUUUUUUAAAUCACAGGGUCUCGGGAGGAAAUGUUGGCAGCCUCGCAACACCAGCAGCGCACUUUGACGCUCAACCUGACCAAUCAAUUUUGAGGGGCGUGGAAGAGGAACUUUGAGGAACGCAGUUUGCUGCAGGACGGCGACGACGGGAUAUGCACGAAAAUGGCUUCAACCCAAGCCAAGAAGAGCUCUCGUGUUUGGAUGAUGUUCCUAUGGUGUUUUUUGACGGCUGCUGAGUGUGCCACAGGCUGUUUGACCAGAUGACGAGUGCUUACU